AUGAUGAUGCACACUCCGCUGUACGUGCGUUACGUGAUUGUCGCCGGUGCCAUCGUUCUGCCGGCGAACGCCCUGCGCUUAGCCUCCAACAGAAGUGAUGCCCAUUCCCUGGUCCACAAUUUCUCCGGUGUCCUCACCCAGGAGAGCGUCAACCGCCACGCCUCCAAAGGGCUGUUCCUAGCCGGAGGGCGUGCCCCAGGCUGCUGCCCCGAGAGCCUGCGAGCGGCGGCCGCCCCCGCGGGGGCGCUCUGGCCCGCUGGCCGCGGCGGGCCUGUGCCGAACUCCUCCGGGCCCGCGCCGCGCUGGUUCGCGAGGAUCGCCCCGGGGGAGGCCCCGUUCGGGUCCCUCGUGGUGUUCGCUGUGAUGCUUGUCCUGGCGACAGCCGUGCUGAUCGUGUCCAUGUGUCUGAUGAUGCGCAGUCCCCCGCGAGAGGUCCCAGCAUGCUCGGCGCAGCCGCCCUUCAGGCCCGAAGCCCUGCAGUCGCUCGGCACGACCUCGGAGCAGGAUUCACAGUCGGAGCGCGCGGGAUUGGCGAGCAGCAGACGGAUGACCCCGAGGGGCGCCAUGACCCAGAGUGACGCCGACGACUGCCGGUCCGAUGCGCCAACCGAAAUCGACAACGUGUCUCAGUCUCCGCUGGAGCUGACGCCGCUCUGUCCGCAGCUGAAGGUGCCGGACACGUCCAAGCUGCGGGUCGUGCUGCCCAAGCGGGCCUGCCGCAAGAGGCAGGACGCCGUGCUGCACGUCUGCAGCGCCCCCCAGCUCGGCGGCAGGCCCCUGCUGCGGGCCCGGCUGGCCGAGUGCGAGCCGACGGCGCGCGAGGCCUGCGGCAUCUACCUCGAGGCCCUCAGCGGGGACAGGUGGCACGCCUUCCUGGCGACCGGGGACCUGUGGGCGGAGCCCGCGGGGGCCACGCCGCCGAAGCUCUUCAUCCUGAGGCCCGACGGGCGCCAGUUCGCGACCGUGGAGAAGAGGCCAGGGGGCGACUACGCCAUCCUGUGCAAGCUGGGCGUGCUGGCGACGUUCUCGCGGGACCUCGCGGCCCACCAGACGAGGGUGUUCAGCAGCCAGGGGUGGCUGAUGGCCCAGACCGAGCAGGGCGGCGAGGGCAGCCACGAGGUCACCGCGUUCCCGGGCAGCGACGCUGGGCUCGUGAUCCUCGGCCUGCUCGCGAUCGACAAGUGCGAGGAGCACCCCUCUCGGGACGCCGCGGACUGA